AUGUCAGCUAAUAUCAGAGAAAACAAUAAUGCCAUCAUCAAAGGUAUCCAAGAAAAUAAGAUCUUGGAGAUAUUCGAAAAGUACUAUGCUGAUGAUGUUGUGAUGUAUGAAAAAGGUGAUUCCGCAAACAGAGUUGGAAAAUAUCAAAAUAGAAAAGCUGAAGAAGCUUUUGUCAACAAUGCAACCAUCCAUGAAGCUAAAGUCAUAGUUUAA